AUGAAGUAAUCCUUCUAAAUCAAAUCUGAAAUUCAGCUUUGUUUUAAGAUUGUAUUCUUGGGUUAAAGUUCAGUUGGCAAGACUUCGCUCAUAAAGCAAUUUUUGAAAAAUGAAUUCGUAAUGAAAUCCAUGAGUACAGUAGGAGUGACAUGCGAAUCUAAGAUAGUCAUAGUGAACAAUCAAUAGGUGAAGGUGCAACUGUGGGAUACUGCAGGAUAGGAGAGAUUCAGAUCAAUCACUAAAAACUAUUAUCGAGGUUGUGAUGCAGUUGUGAUAGUCUAUGAUGUUACAAACAUGAAGAGUUUCGAUCAAGUGAGUAGUUGGAUUGCAGAUUUCGAUGACAAAUGCGAAAGACCAGCAAUCAAAAUGUUGUUGGGUAAUAAAAUAGAUAUGUAAACCAGAGAUGUGAGUACUGAAUUAGGAGUGGCAUACUCAAAAAGGAAGAAAAUCCUAUUCUAAGAAGUCUCUGCAAAAGAAAAUGUUAAUGUUGAAUGUGCCAUGUUGAAAUUAAUUGAAAUCUUAGUUUCACAUACUAAAAUAGAAUCAGGAGACAAGAAUCAGCGUAGAGGAUCUAUGAUUGAAACCAAGUAAAUUGUUCUUGAAGAUCCCUUCAUUAAUAAGUCAGCUAGAUUCUACAAGGAUGUUUCAAUAUCUGAUCAUUCAAAAUUUUAAGUAAUCAAAUCAGCAGGUGAUAGUUCACAAGAGGAUAUUCAAAUAAACAACACAUCUAAUCGUUAAUUAACAUCCCCUUAAGACAAUGCUACUCAUACACACCAGUAGGCUGAGACUCCUCUUAAACUCAUUCAUCCAAGAUAAUCAGGUAUUAUAAGGGAUGAGUAUUUUAGAAAGCAUUCGUCUAAUCAAAGUUGUAUGUGUUCUUGUUGA